AUGUUGGCCCUCAUAACUGCAGGCUCCGUCUUCUUCCCUGGACUCUACCUGCUCUCCAAGAAGAGUCUGAAACUCCUGAUGGGAUGGAGCGAAGGGGACGCUGCCAUCGUCUCCACACGUCUGGUGUCUUCAGUUCAAGCCAUCAUGGCCUCCUCUGCUGGAUGUAUCAUCGCCUCAUCCUGCACAGACAUCAUUGAGGACAGACAUUGGCUAACAGAAUCCUACAUCCUGUUUGCGACACCAUACUUUGCCUAUGACAUCUACGCCAUGUUCCUGUGCUACUGGCACAGGCAGCAGGUCAAAGGUCAUGAAGAGGAGGAGGGAAGUGGGGUCAGGUCGGUGGGUGCUGCUGUGGUGGGAUACCUGAACAGAGAGCUGCUCAUGGUCCUGCAUCACAUCUUCAUGGUGGCCUUCUGCUUCCCCGCCUCUCUGCUGUGGCGGCAGGGUAAAGGUGAUUACUUUCAGGCCCUCCUGUUUCUGGCUGAGCUCAGCACACCGUUUGUCUGUCUGGGAAAAGUCCUCAUCCAGCACAGGAAGCAGCACACUCUCCUACACAAAGUAAACGGAUGCCUCAUGCUGCUCACCUUCUUCGGCUGCAGGGUUUUGCUCUUCCCCUACUUGUACUACGCUUACAGCAGGUAUGCAUCCAUCCCACUGUACUCAGUGCCCCUGGUGGCCCCCUGGCAGUGUAACCUGGGGGCCGCUCUGCUCUGGCCUCUACAGCUUUACUGGUUCGCACUGAUCUGCAGAGGGGCUCUUCGCCUCCUCAUUGCUGGGCGCUCAAAAUCACCGCAGACGACUCUCAAAGCUGAGAGGUGCCUGAAAGAGGACAACUGCUGCUCAGGUCAUCAUGAUGUGGGACAGACUGAGUGA